AUGGAAACUAUCAAGUUGGUAAAAUUUAAACCGGUUUUAAAAACUCCGUACGAAAUUUUCAACAUUAUCACGCUCAGGAGGAAACAUGCUGGAAAAUCUGAGGAAGGAGACAACCGUUCGCCCGUUCACAUACCACCUUCGUUCAUGUCUUCGGAUAUAAUUUUAGUUGAUAAUACUUUAUUAAAAUCAUCUUCCUCAUCAAAAAAUCCUUCUUUAUUUCCUCAGCAAUUAGAAUAUUCAAAAAAAAAACCAUCAACAACCAUCACAUCAUCAUCUUAUUCUUCAAUUAUAUUAGGUUUUCCAGAUGAUAAUUAUAUAUCAUUAAAAGAAGAUAAUGAUCCAUACGCAACCAAAAUUGGAGGGAUUCCAAAUUGGUUAAUUGAAUCAUGUCCGGCUUCUUAUGAUUUUAUGAUUUGUAAGAAUUGUGGGAAAGAAAUGUUUUUAUUAUUUCAAGGUUAUGUACCUUUAGAAAAUUCCAUUUAUGAUAGAGUGAUUUAUGUUUGGGGGUGUAAUCAACAAAAAUGUAUGAAGAAACAUUCUGGAAGUAAAAUUCAUUCACAAAUAUCUUUAACAUCUGGAUUUAAUUUGGGUGAAAAAUUAUUCUUAUCUACAAGUAAUUCUUUAACAGUUGAUAAUAAUGAAUUGGGUGUAGAGUUAUUUAGAAAUGAAGAAGAUAAUACUUCACUUUCAUCAGAAAAAGUAGAAGAUGUCAUUGCUACUGCUAUACCAAAAACUUGGAAACUUUGUGCUGAUAUAAAUUCGAAAUUAUCUUUACAAUCUUGGACGGGUAAUGGUGAUUGGGUUGGAGAAGAAUAUGAAAAACCAAGUUUACCAAAAGGUAUCGAUAAAGCUUUUAUGAAAUUUAUGAAGCGGGUGAAUGAAUUUCCUAAUCAAUGUAUAAGAUAUGAAUUUAAUGGUCAACCAUUAUUAUACAAUCAAAAUUGUGAAUUAGAAGUGUUGGGAACAAAUAAUGUUUCUUAUUAUGAAGAAUUAGUUUUGGUGCAGUAUGAAGAAUGA